AUUUGUAUCUUCUUUCCCAAGGAUUGCUGUGAAGGCAGAUAUGGUGCUGCCUAUAUGCCAAAGCCUCACUUGCAAACUUGGUUGCCCUUUGAUUUCAACAGCACAGAGUUCCAUCUGUACAAUUGGGAUCUUCUGCAAAGAUACUUGUGUGGUGAUAGUGCUGUUGCUGUGACCCACUUUGGACCAGGAUGUAACCCAGGCUCUGGCUCCCCCGGGUGUUUGCUGUGCCUUUCUACAAAUCUGGCGUACCAGGCAUGGUUCCCUGUGCGUAGAAUUAUUGCAAAGGAAGUCCUGUGCCCACUAAUUUUGGGUGGAAGCCCCACUGAAUUCAGUGGAAGUUAUUCCCAAAUAAAUAUGGAUUGGGUUGGCCUGCUUGAAGAUCAGCAUGUAAGCAAAAGCAGCCAUUGCACAAAGCCAGCAUCUCCUGUGAUAAUGACUCUGGUUUCAUCUGGGGUUGUGGUUACUCUUGCUGGUGUGCUUCUGGUGAAGUGAGAAUGAAGUAUCAGGUUGCUUCCUCCCCACUCUGUUCCUGUGACUGGGAUAAAUUUUUUGGUGGGGGAACUACCCUCCUCCCUGGACCAGUAAAGGUGGAGAGCUCCUUCAGAAUCAUCCUCUUUGACAGAAUAAAUAACUGAGAGGUGGAAGUAAGGAUGGUUCUCUUACCCCAAACAAUAGUGUAGUGCUAAAGGAUACAAGACAGGGCCAAGGAAAGGACAGGGCUCAAGACAGCAAGUAUUAUUCUACAACCAUGUUCAACUCCCUUACCCAGGAUCUUAGAUACAAUGCAACCAGCAGUGUUGGCUUGAAUGAUGACACAAACCUCUCCAUUGUGACAUUGACUAGUAAGCCCUUUCUUCCAUCAGAGGAAAAGGAAUGUGAAACCAGCAAACAGCUGGGAGCAUUCACCAACAAGUAAGCAAGUGUAUUUAUUUCUUUUUCUGAUUUGCUCAAGUGGGUCUCUAUGGUUGAGUCCAUCAGUUCCUCAGUACCCACAAAUGUUUCAGCAUCAUUUAUUUACUCGGCAAAGUACAUGACUAGGUCGCCUUGGCAAUUCUACUGAUUUCCAGUCCCAUGUUUCAGAGACCCUAAAUAUAAAUGUAACAAAUCUGUUUGGCAUGUUUAAUUAUGGAUUAUUUCUAUGCGAAUCCCAAGAAACCGAGAGAUGGAAGUAGGGAUGAUUCCUUACCCAAAACAAUAGCAUACUGCUAAGGGAUACAAGACAGGGCCAAGGAAAGGGCAGUGCUCAAGACAGCAAGUAUUAUUCUACAACCAUGUUCAGAAUCUUAGAUACUAUACAACCAGCACUGUUGGCUUGAAUGAUGACACAAACAUCUCCAUUGUGACAUUGACUAGUAAGCCCUUUUAUCCAUCAGAGGAAAAGGAAUCUGAAACGAGCAAACGGCUGUGAGUGCUCACCAACAAAUAAGCAAGUGUAUGAGCUUUCUGUAGGGAUCAGCUGAGCCUGAGUAUAAAAGAUGUAUACUGCCCAGAUCAAGAGAAGUAAUAGUACCAUUCUAUUCUGCCUUGGUCAGAUCCUACCUGGAGUCCAGUGUCCAGUUCUGGGCACCACAGUUCAAGAAGAAUAUUGACAAGCUAGAUGGUCUGCAGAGAAGGGUGACCAGUAUGAUAAAGUGUCUGGAAACCAAGUCAUAUGAGGGACAGUUGAGGGAAUUGGAUAUGUUUAGCCUGGAGGAGAGGAGAACUGAUAUGAUAGCCAGCUUCAAAUGUCUUAAGGGCUGUCGCAUGGAAGAUGGAGCGAAAUUGUUUUCUGCUGUUCCAGAGCAUGGGACCUGAACAAGUGGAUUCAAAUGGCAAGAUUCUGAUGAAGCAUUUGGAAGAAAUUUCCAAUGGUAAGAGCUGUUCAGCAGUGAACAGGCUUUCUCGAAAGGUGGUGGAAUGUCCUUCCAUAGAGGUAUUUCAAGAGAGAUAAUCAUCUGUCAGAGGUUCUUUAGCUGCGAUUCCAACCACAAGGCAUAUUGAUUUUCACAUUCCCAGUGCUGACUUAAUGCUUUCCAAACAUUUCGUAUCAAAAUCAACUUUUCUUUUUACAAAGAUACUAGACUGUCUUUUAUAUUUUCUUCUCUUAAAGGGACUCUUAUGGAACAAAUAUGUAUAGGUCUGGGUUCUGCAAGGAUCUUUGACUGCGUAGGCUUGAGCCAUUUUCUAUCUGAAUUCCAUGUCUUUGGUUAGAGUGUAAAACAAGCAUAAAGUCAGCAUAAAGUUUAAAAGGUGAAGGGUUUUUAACCACCAAUGCUGUUUUCCCAUUUUUCUUCUUUUCUUUUCAGCUAAUAUCUUGUGAUCUCUCAUUAAUCAAGUGGUGAUAACAUCGCCAUCUGUAUAAAAGCUGGUAGCUUCUGUAUGUACACAGAACACUCUACCAAUCAGCUCAGAAGAGAGUCUGGCUGUCGGGGUCUUCUCCAAUACAGUUGCUUUGUUUUUAAUAGGGCAUUGAACAGACUUCAACUCUAAUCACAAUGUGAAGGCUUGAUUCCACCACCACCCUACAUGCCCUAGUUUACAUGUAAGUCAACCCAUGGUUUGAUGUGUAUGCAUGAGUGUGGAAGCUGCCAGAUUGAGGCCGCUUUGUUCAUCCACCAGUCCUGCUGUGAGUAAGCCAUGCUUUGGCUUAGCAUGUUGCCUGAGUUUGGGCUCAUGAAUUGUUUCCUCCAGAAAAACCUUGAGCUAUAAACUGGAGACAAACCUUAUUUGCUGCAUGUAGUUUGUCUGGAGCAAGAGAAACUCUGAGCCCGGGUUCAGGUGACACAAAACUAAAGCAUAGCUUAAGCCAUCUCACAGCAAUGGAACAGCAGGAGGACCAAAGCCAGCCGAAAAUCUGCAAGGCAAAAUAUUUGAAGUUCACCAGUGAGGCAUCACUGAUAUUCUAAAUUCCUGACCCUCAUACAGGAACACUGCUCAUGUUGUAAACAUCGGUCUUCAAGACUGGAACGCCUAAGUCUGGAGAAGACAAGCUAUGGUUCAGGAUUUUCAAAAUGGACCUUACUAUACAUCUUUGUGAAUGAACGAGGGAAGGACAAUACCAUCAGUCUUUUUCUAGCUGGUGAAGAAUCAGUUGCUCUUCUGGUAAUUAACAAACAAACAAACAAAAACUCCCUGUGAUCCCAGAGAUGGAAAAAGAAAUAAAAAAAGCUGAGAAUGAAGAGUCAGCUGAAGUCCAAACAACUCAACAGUGUCCCCUGACGACAAAGAGAGAAUUAUCCAGGAAUCCCCUACUGUUGGAAAACUGCCUGCCAGAUGCAAUUUCUGAAGCUUCACUAACCUCCAGCUAUGCCUAUGGGAUGACGCUGUAUGACGCAAAAAGAACGGAAAAGGAAAAACAGCUAGUCUCUGAUGACCAUAAUAAAAUGUCUCAUAUGCGUUCCCAGGAAUUCGAUUCAAAAAUGAGUGGGAAUGGUAAUCAAAACUAUCGGCAUGGGAAUCAGAAAUUGCAGCUGGUCGAGCAAACAAUGGCACAGAUUUUAGACCUGCCUCUGGACAGCAUCGACUCGCACUCCACAGCUUUGCGCUGUCAGGGGAUGCUUCUCAUUCAGGACCUAAGCCAAAUGGAGCUUUCUCAUUGGCCUAAAGAGAAGCUGCUCAGCACCUGCAUUGCCAGCGUCUUUGCCUUGCCCUCGCUGGACACCUUACAAAGUCAGAGCAAUGAAGAAGUUCCCGUACAGGCACUGUACAAGCAGACCUUAGAGGCUAUAGAAUCAAUGCUGAAAAGCCUAUUGGCAGAAAGACCAAACAUAGCUGAACUGGCCGCUCUCUUAGAACACUUGAUGCCCUGGAUAAUAUCAGGACAAGCACAUGAGCGGGCAAGAGCAGUGAACACCUAUGUAUCCCUGUUAAAAUUUGCAGCCACCUGCCCCACGUUUCAUGCGUCACCUGAUGAAUGUCCUAAGCUUGGGCAUCUGAUUGGUCAGCUGUGUCUGCGUCUCAAUGACCCCCAAAAGGAAAUUGGUGAACAUGCUAUGGAAGGCAUGUAUUUCCUGUACUCCCUUAUGCUGCGCCAAAACGCCUUCGAAAACAAAAGUGAUUCCCUGGAAGCAGAAGAGAUCCAACUGUGUGAAGAGAUCCUGGGUUCCUAUGACCCUACUCUGUCUCAUCAAAAUAUCACCCAUAUUAUUCAGGAAUUUCUGCCGUACCUCACAGCGCUACAGAUCACAGAGCUUUUGUUGACCGCUAUAGACUGCCUAAAGGAAGCCAAUAAGAGCACCACAGCGGCAUCACGUGACAUCACAUCUGUAAUCCUGCAGCGAUACAUGCACAGGUUACAUAGGCAGGUGCCAGAAAUUGUGGAUAAGAUCUACCAGCAGCUUGGUUCCAUUUACCAGUACCAGGACAGGCAAAUAAUGAUGGAGAUCCUGGCUCAGCUGGCACAUGCCUACAUGGCAGAAGUAUGCAGUGCCCUUCUCCAGUGCCCUUUACCAAUCGACAGGUAUGCUUCUGAGAUGUGGCAUGUGUUGACCAAAACAUGUUCCUACAAUGACCUAACUCUCCUUGUGAAUGUACUGCUGAAAAAGCUGCAGAUGAGCCCAAAGGUCACGGGAAACUAUAUCACACCUCUGGCUGCUGCCAGCGCUUUCUCGAAGCUGUUAUCUAUGCCCAAAAGUUCGGAAGUGGCCCUCUACAUCUUUCCCCGGCUGCUGAUGGCACUGCUUGUUCAGGUGCACUAUAGCAUCAGGCACAGCGUAAUAAAGAACUCAGAUUCUCAGGAGGAAUUUGAGCCUGUGGGCUAUAUUGUGGCAGCACUGAAGACUCUUCUCCUAGCUGCGAGGUGCUAUUGUGAGUUUACGCUUAUUGAGAAGGAGCGGGGCUGGGAGCUACUCACCAGCUGCGAAGAUCACCACCGGGGAGUAGGCCUUAUUGCAAGAGUCAUGCUUCAGACCUCCUAUUAUUACGACGUUUUGAGGAUCUUGUACCUCCUAGUUCCCUUCCUGGAGCGAGGUGAUGAAGAGCACCAGAUCACAGGAUUGGCUUUCUUCAGCGAACUUCUUUGUAUGUCAGAGGCCAGAAGACUUCCCAAACAGUAUUCUUUGUAUCGUCUGAAGCGAGGACUGACUAAUGAAAACCCAGUCAUCCGGGCAUUGUGUAUCAAAGGACUGGUUAACAUCACAUACUGGAUAGGAAAGGAGGAAGUAAAGAUUGUAUUGCCUGCCAUGACAAAAAGUCUUACUGGGAUGGAUGGGCGGCUGUUUGUAGAUGCAGUUGCUGAAAUUGAGAAGAUUCUUAUUGGCCCAGAAGGAGCAGACUGUAUUUGCGAUAUCAGCCUUUCUCUCCAGGAACUAUUCAGUGAUGAAAGAGCAAGUGUCCGUGCUUCCGCCAUAAGUCUUUUUGGGAAAAUGGUGAAACGGGCUAAGAAAAAUAACAAGCAUGCAAUGAGGCAUCAGGUACUAGAAAACUUGGUUCCAUUACUUCUGCAUCUCGAAGAGGAGGACCCUGACAUCCACAAGGCAAGCGUCUGCCAACAUUUCUUUAUUUUCAGGGGAACAAUCAUGGUUCUCACCAACCAGAUAAUUUAAAAAGUUCUCUAUUCUAGCCUUUUCUACCUCCCAUCUGAGUGCUUGUCUUGCCAAAGGCAAUGUGGUUCUUUUAAAAUGAGAUUCAGACGCAAUGCAAACUACACAAGUGAGUGAGUGAGAAGAUUAAAGAUUUUAUUCUAAAACAGCAAGCAAUGUAUACAUACCAACCAAGCACUUCAGUUUGCCACUUGGAAGCCCUCGAGAAGCAGCGAAGUGACUCCCCCAGGUAGCCUCAGUUUGCACGGUUCUGCGGCCAAUCAGUCUGUGCACAAGCUUCAAAGAAAUUCUGCCCAAACCAUUCAAUUUUAUAGAUAGCCCCCCCCUCCCAAUGCCUCAUUUUCUUUUCUUUUUUUAAAAGACAUUUUUAUUAAAUUUCCAAUUAAACACAUUUAGCAAUAACAAAACAAACAACAACAAACAUAACAAACACAGAACUUUUCUUCUAACCAUCUUAUCAAUUAUUACAAUUUUCUUUGCUCUGCCGAGCUUUGACUUCCCUCCCUCCCCCCAAACGGUUUUUUUCUGUCCAAUCCUGUCUUGCAGUUCCUUUAUUCCUUCUAUUUAAAGUCAAUUCGUAGGAUUUAUUUCAGUCCUGCAAGUGUCUUUAAACUUCUACAGUUCUCCUCCAUAUAGUCCACAAAUUUACUCCAAUCCUUUUGGAACUUUGACUCUCCCUGGUUUCGGAUCCUGCUAGUCAGUCUUGCUAAUUCCGCAUAGUCCAUCAUUUUUGUCUGCCACUCUUCAAUCGUUGGUAACUCCUGAGUUUUCCAUUUUUGGGCUAACAAAGUCCUAGCCACCGGUUGUCGCAUACCAAUGCCUCAUUUUCUCAAAACAAUGUCCAACAUCAAAGAAGGUACCCAUCAUUAUCCUUCACAACUGAUGAGGCAGCUGUGGGGGGUGGGCUUCACCUCCUCCCAAUGUUCUCAGGGCAUCUAAGACUGUUCUCACACCAUCAAAAAACUUAACAAGAGCGAGGGAGGGGGAAGGAACAGAGGCAGGAGGGGCUCUGUGUCAGUCAGAUCACUAACUCCUCAAUACAUUUUGUCUUCCGGGUGCAUUUCCCAUACAGUGCUUUCAUGCUUCCUUGAGUGUAAAUAUACUAAACUUCAACAUUCACAUUUCCUGUCCCUUGAUGAGCAAAUACCAGAAGGUGUGUCCUUCCUAAAGACUAUUCAGUAGUUGGGCGUUGUGUUUUCUGAAUGGUGUAAAAAAAACAAACUAUAUAUCAUCUCCAUAUCUUGCAGGAAUGUAGUUAUGCCUUAAAUGAAUCCUUUCAGUUCCUGGGAUGGAAACUACCAAAGCAGGUUGUCAGCAGGAAAGCUUGGCCCGAGAAUGAAGAAGUUCUGGAUGAAACCUGCCAGUACCUUGUGCAGAAGCAAGAGGCAAAUCUCCAGAGAUUCUUGUACCAGGACCUUUACUAUACUCAGAGUGAGCUUCUUCCGAUAAAAAGGGCUUCCAUCGUGUUCCUUGGUUUUCUAGUACAACAUAUGGACAGCAAGGCAGGAAGUACAGACUUGGAAAUGAUCAUUCAUGCUCUUGAAGGCUUGAUGCAUGACCCAGAUGCUUCUGUGUGCCUAGCUGCAGCACAUGCCCAUGAGCGCGUUAGUGCUGUUCUCUCCAAUCAGAAGGAGAGGCUUGAAGGCAACAGCAAGACGGAGGACAGCGACAGUGCUGCUGAAAGUGUUCUAAGGAGUUCCAGAGCCCUGAAUACUAUCCGCCACACCCCUUCCAGACUUUUUGCUGUUAUAAACCUCUGGAGAUCGGCCAAUGGAAAUUAAUAUUGGACUGGAAGAGGAGAAAGGAUCUUGGUGUAUAGCUCUUCCUAACAACAACAAAAAGGCUGUGAAUAUCACUCUUCCUAUACUGAACCUCAGCAAGAACAUUAUAAAGGACCAUAAAAGGAAUUGAUAAUUUACCAGCUACCUGGAUAAUAAAGAACAUCAAUUCCCUACAGAAUCCAGCCUACUGGACUUUUGCUUGCUAUAGGUACAUCAUAACAGGCUUUUCUAUGAAGAUCAAGGCAGGCAUGCCCUAGUCACUUAUUAGCUUGUACACAGCACUCCUGCAAGCCCCUUUUAAAUACCAAUGUUGUUGUUGCUGCUGCUGUUGUUUAGUCGUCUUAGUCAUGUUCUACUC